AGAGCUCGUCAUGCUCCUCUGUUUACAAGCGCACUAAGCUAAAAGACUUAUGACCUAAAUCGGAAGUUUGUUUGGAAGCAUGGAUUGGAUCGGACGCGGGUUGUUUUAUACUUUACUGUGGUUCAUUUUCGAAGAAAGCGCGCUUGGUUUGGGGAAUUACGCAGUAAUCACUGGGGACGACACCUUCUCCAUCCAGCAUGAGGGCACAGGCAAAUGUUUCCUUGCUCAGAAAGACUCUCUGACCCUGGGAGACUGCUCUGCAGAGACAGCCAAGUCAUGGAAAUGGGGUUCAGAACAUCGCCUCUUUCACACAGGAUUGUUGGUCUGCUUGGGCCUGGAUGUUGUCUCCAAAGCCCUGUCUCUCACCGACUGUUCCAGUGGUUCUAUUCUGGAGUGGCGCUGCUAUGAAGGUUCCAUUUACACCACCUAUCAGAUGAGGCUGAGCGUCACCAAUGGAACUGUAACGGUCAAACGGAAUACGACCGAUUCCUGGCUUAGAGGAGGCACGUCGGAAAACAUCUGCGAGCGGCCAUACAAGACAAUGCAUACUAGCGGGGGUAAUGCUUAUGGAGCCCCCUGCAAGUUUCCCUUUGUCUAUAAGAGCAAAUGGUACCACAGCUGUCUUCCUAGUGAUGCGGAGCAUCCUCACGACUGGUGUUCCACCACAGAUAACUACGACGAGGAUCAGAAGUGGGGAAACUGUCUAAAAUAUGAGGAGGGAUGUGGUACGUUGUGGUCCAGCUUUGGCGAUGGCAGCUGUUACCAGGUGGUUUCCACAGCGAUGGUUACAUGGCACGAGGCACGGGAUGCCUGCCGCAGUCAGGGUGGAGACUUGCUGAGUGUAUCGAGCCCUGAAGACCUGCAGCAAUUUAAAACACGGACUGAUCUACCUGAGCAGCUGUGGAUUGGGCUAAACCAGAUGGACUGGAUGAUGGGCUGGCAGUGGUCAGACGGAUCCCCCUUAGCUUAUAUUCCAUGGAAACCAGAAAAGACUAUCUGGAAAGAAGAGUGUGGGGUAAUAACCCCUGAUCUUCUUUUUAGGGGUGAGACCUGUGAGCUAAGGUUUCCAUAUAUCUGUGAAAAGAAAGAGAACAGCACGCAGACUGCAGCUACAGUUAAAGUGGAGUACAAGCCCACAGAGUGUGAGAGUGGCUGGAUUCCUGGACAUGGCUAUUGCUAUAAGCUUUACAGAAACCAGGCGACUUACACAGAUGCGCAGCAAGUGUGUAUGCAGCACGAUGCUCAGCUGGCCAGCAUCCACAGUCUAGAUGACAUAGAGCUGAUCAACACACAGUUUUCAGAAAAGAGCCUGGCAGCCUGGCUCGGUCUAAAGGCAGAGAAAAACACACAUUUUUUUAAAUGGGAGGAUGGAACAAAUGUGUCAAUUACUCACUGGGAACGUAAUCAACCCCCGCUGCUGACGGUCAACACCACCAGAUGUGUGAUGCUUGCUGAAAGGUACCACGUGUGGAGUGUAGUUCCCUGCAGUCUUCCCCGCGCCUUUAUAUGUAAAAAGAACGGCACAGUGAAUGAGAGCGCAACAGAGGACAGCUGCCCAAAAGAAGGGGACUGGAGGAGACAUGGGAACUCAUGUUAUAAAGUGGAUACACAAGAGGUCCUUUACAAGAACAGCUGUAAAAUUAUCAUUAAUAACAGAUUUGAACAGACUUUCAUUAACAGUCUCCUGAAGGAGCAUGUUAGCAAAAAGGCGCAGUAUUUCUGGACUGGACUGCAGGACAUUAAAGGCACAGGAGAGUACCACUGGUCCAGCAACGGCGAGCAAGAAACACGAGUCACGUUUGACAACUGGAAGUGGGGAGAACCAGCUAAGCUGGGAGGAUGUGCAGUAAUGACUACAAACCCGCUGGGACAGUGGAUGGUGAAGAACUGCACUGAGUUUAAAGCCGGUAGUGUUUGUAAGAGCCCUAUUCCUGAUGAGCCGCCUUCUCCCCUGGAUCCGGACGAACCUGUACUCCGUGCCAAUUGCCCAGCAGGAUGGACCUCGAAAGAAGGAGUCAGAUACUGUUACAAGGUGUUCCAUGAGGAGAGGAUAAGUCGUAAGCGCACUUGGGAAGAAGCCAAAGGCUUUUGUGAGGGGCUGGGUGCUCAUCUGGCCAGCUUCACUGAUUUGGAGGAGAUGACUUUACUCAAUGAAAUUCUGAGAGAAUCUAUUAGUAAUGACCGCUACUUCUGGGUUGGGUUGAAUCGUCGGAACCCAAACAACGACAACCGCUGGGAGUGGAGCGAUGGGCAACCUGUGUCCAUGAUGAUAUUUCCCCAAGAGUUUCAUGAAGAUGAUGAAUAUAACAGAGACUGCACUGCUUUUAAGUCUCUAAAACGAAACUACAUGCUCGUGUGGUACUUCCUGAUGACUGAAGUUCCAAAACUCCAGUUUUACCCCAAAGCUUUUCACUGUGAUGCCAAGCUGGAAUGGGUGUGUCAGAUCCCGCGAGGUCAAACCCCAAAGAAUCCGGAAUGGUAUAAACCAGAUGGACAUCAUGAAACAUCGGUAUUUGUUGACAAGCAGGAGUUCUGGUUUGUAACCGAGCCGAAGUUGUCCUAUGAUGAGGCUAGCACAUACUGCAGCAGCAACCACAGCAAACUAGCCACACUCAGGACGAUCAACUCUGCCAUUAUUCUGCACAAUAAUAUCGUUAAGAUUGCAGGUUCAGCAUCUUGGUGGGUAGACAUUAGUGAGCCUGGCCAUUUUAUUCCUUCAAGAUUAUCUCGCCUACAUCCUUAUUUUCCUACAUUGUUGGGGAGAUGUACCUCAGUUACCCCUGGAUCCUUCACGGCAGAUUUUAGUGUGAAAUGCAGCGAGAAGCAGCCGUUUGUUUGCGAGGUGUUAAACGUCACUUCUGCAGACAGUGGAACCGUAGCGCACCCCCCUGGAACACCAUGCAUGAACAACAGCUUCAGCUUCAGAGACAAGUGUUACAUUGUAAUCAAUCCCGAGUCUUUGAUUUUUAAAGCAGCUGAUGAGAAGUGUCAUACCAUGGGGGGCAGUCUCCUGUCCAUCAGAGACCAAGCUGAACAAGACUUCAUCACCACUCUGUUGCCUGACAAGGCACAGAAGAUUUGGAUUGGAAUGAAGCUGAAGCUUCAUGAAAUUCAGUGGUUGGACAACACGCCAGUCAAGUACCUCAACUUUAACCCCCUGCUCCAUGGUCAGCUACGACCCAUGCACUAUAAUAUGUUCGAGCAGGGUCAGUUGGAGCUGUGUGCAUAUAUGUAUAAUGAUGACCAUUCAGACUUGCUGGGAACUUGGGACUACACUUCCUGCACUGAUGAGCAGAGUGCCAGCAUUAUUUGCCAGCAUUAUACAGAAGAAGAAAAGAAGCCUUUAACAUUGUCUAUCGACAAAUUUUACAUCAGAAAUCACACGUUUCAGUUCAUUUUGAAUGUGAGCGUGAACUGGUAUGAAGCUCUGGAGUUGUGUAAGCAGAAGGACAUGGAACUGGCCUCUGUGGCUGAUGCCUACCAGCAGGCUGUGCUCACUGUGAACGUUAGCAAAGCAGGUUUUCCUCUCUGGAUUGGAUUGUUCAGUAAAGAUGAUGAGCAUUAUCACUGGACAGAUCACAGUCAUACAGUGUUUAGCCGCUGGGGUCCGAAUGGUGCUGCAGGAGGCUGCGUUUAUCUGGACACCGACGGCUUCUGGAAGGCCACGGAAUGUGGCGAGCAGCUCAAAGGAGCGAUCUGUCACAUCCCACAUGAUGACAGCACUACAAAGAAAGAGAACACAACAAGGUGUCCACACGAGAGCAAUGGACCCAACUGGAUCCCAUUCAAAAACAACUGCUAUACAAUUCUGCUGGAGUCUUUGAGAUGGCAGGAACAUGAGCAGGAAAACGACAAGAAUACAUGCCAGGCACUAGUUAAAAAGGGACAUCUUCUGACUAUUCGAAAUGAGGAAGAGAAUGAGUUCAUAAAGACCCAACUUCAGCCCUUUAAAGACCUGGCAAAAUUUGUGUGGCUGGGAAUACACAAAAGCGAGACAGGUUAUCAGAUGACAUGGUACGAUGACACAUUUGUUCAGUACUCUAACUGGAAAGAUGGAAGACCGAACAUCACGAAGCCUUUCAUGGCUGGUCUUGAUCUGAAUGGUGACUGGAUCAUGAUUCAGGACAAAAAUAUCUUCGCAGCUUUUAAGCAGAGGGCCAUUGUGGUGUGCAAACUUGAAAAUGAUCUCAAAGAUGACUACCGAAUAAAGCCAGAAGAUGUGCAAACACCGCCUGGUUAUAACUACCAUUUAGUUCCCAGAAAAAUGAACUGGUACCAGGCUCUGGCGGUGUGCAGCAGAGGUGGUGGCCAUCUUGUGAGCAUUCACAAUGAGACGACUAACCAAGACAUGGCGCUGAUCGCUAAACGAGAUGGAUUUCCUCUCUGGAUUGGCCUGUCUAGACAAGAUUACAGCGGUUGGCCCUAUGAGUGGUCAGAUGGGACGAAAUUGAGAUACAUAUCCUCAGGGUUUGUGGGUAGUGGAUCUGAGGAGAAAUGUGUGUACGUGGAUUCAAAAGGCACCUGGACUACAGUCAACUGUCAUGCCGAGCUGGAAGGAGCCAUCUGUUACCAUAGCAUCAAAAAAUCUCAUAAAAACACCAACAGUGGUUACUGUCCGGAGGGUGAUGGACGGGCUUCGUGGAUCCAGUUUAACGACCACUGUUACGCCUUUGACAUGACCAACUACAACUACUCAGUAUACACCAUAGAUGAAGCCAAGAGUGUCUGUGAGAAACUGGAUUCCUCUGCCGAACUUCUGACCAUUAACAGUAAGGAUGAGAAUGACUUUGUCUCUCGACAUGUUGCUGAAAGCCCUCUUAUUACCGAACGAGUCUGGCUGGCUCUCCGGCCCGCCGCCAAAGAAAAAGCUGCUAUAUGGAUGGAUGGAAGUGAACUGAGUUUCUCUAACUGGAACACCCCUCAGUCUUACCCCGACUGCGCUGUAUUAGUGUCGACGAAUGGAACUUGGGUAAAAGCAGACUGCACUGUGAGCCGCAGCCGUGUUGUCUGCAAAACACCCACCAAAUCAGCAGGUACUCCGGUCGCUCUGGUUUUCUUCAUCGUCGUGCUCAUCUGUGUUCUUGCUGUUGCUGCAUUUGUUGUGUAUAAAAAGACCCGUCAGCGCUACUUCUCUACAGUGCGCUACCAGAGGAACUUUGAUGAUGCUGACAGCACCAGUAUGAUUGCUGAGACUGAGUAACCGUUGGACUGCAUGCAGCAAUGAGAACGCAGGUUUUUGUGCCUUUCAGUGUUAACACUCCACAAACUGAGCAAAACAAGUCCAACAAUUAAUUCACUGUAAAUACUGCUCAGCCCAACACUCCCAGGCUUUGGAAUUAAUAUAAUUAAAAACGCUGGAUGGGUUUGUAGAGGUACAGAAAUUUGGCAGUCUUAUUUUUAAUGAUCAUUUCUUUAAUGUACUGUUUUUUGUACAUUUGUUAAAAAUAAGACCACCAAAAAUGGAAUAAUGCAGUAUUUUUGUGCUGUUUUGGGUUUUGGGUGUGCUGUAGCUCUGAUCUGGUUUCUUUUUCUGAGCAAGCACUGAUCGCACUUUCUUACCAUGCUAAACUGGAACGGUUCAUUUUUUUGUUCAUUCUUGAAGGUGAAUUUUUUUGUUUGACUUUAUGUGCAGAUCACAUUGAGUCUAAAUUCUGUUCAUUGCAUCGUCAGCAAAAUAAUAUCAAACUACUCUGUGCCAGUUUCUUAGUUUCUUAUUAGAUUUGGCAAGAUUAUCCAUCAAGUGUACAUAGAAGCUUUUUUAAAAAUGUAAGUCAUUUCUUAUUCGGAUGGGAUUAGUUUUACGUACUGAUUGUGUAAUGCUAUUAUUACUGAAGUAGUUUGAAUUUUACAUUUCUGUCUACAUUUGUUUUAUAAAAAUCUCAUAAUAAAAUAACAGAUAAAAAUGACCCCAGUUAAGGUAGUACUGUAUUUAAAGCCAGCAGUAAAAAGAUUUGAUGCAUUUCUUGUAUGUAGACACUUCUGGAAGUGCUCUUUGUAUUGUCUUCCACCAGGGCUAUUAUGAUAAAACAAAAACAAAAAUACAGAAUCUGUACUAAACUAACACAACACUAGAGUAAAAUUACAUCAUGGUACCUCAAAAUUAUAAAUAAAAAAAUAAGAUCUGCUGCUUUUGAAAAAAUUGAAUUGAAUGUCACACAAUGUUGCACAAUGUAUUCAUGUAUUCUUUUCCUAUAAUCAGAUACAAAAAAAUAGUACACAUAUGAAGCCUUGAUUUAAUGCUUAAGCAAUCAUUUAAAAAUAUAGUCAAAAUAAACUUGGGUGCAUGUUUGCCAUAAAUAAUAUGUCAUUUUAGUCCUUAAAUUUAAAAGACUGAUGUUGACUCAGUGUAUCACUAAGUAAGUGUGUACAGUGUAACAUACGAGGUUUUACACCUGCACACUGUAAUUACCUUCAUUUUGCCCAGUCAUAUUUUUUAAAGCAAAUUACACAUGCACAGUAUAAAUCACCUGCAAGAAGGAACUAUAGCAAGGGUUCAAAUCCCCAACUGUGCUAUUGGUUGGUUGGUGGUCUACGCACAGACAUGAUUGGCUGUGUCUGAGAAGGGGUUGGCCAAGGCCCUGCGAUGGAUUGGCAUUCUGUCUGGGGUGUGUUUCUGUAUCCUGACAAGAAUAAUGCAACGAUAAAACAUGACAAGGAAUGAAUGAAUAAAUGACUAUUCUGUAUCUACAUACUAACACUAAUCACCUGAUCUGUUUCAAGAAGAUAAAAGUUACAAACUGCAGCUUUAGCAUUUCAGUGAUGUUGCUUACCAGAUACAUUUCUGCCAAACUUUUCCCAUCCGAAUGGUACUUUAUAGUCUCUGGCGACUGCUUAUGAGCUUCCGAAUGAAUUCAAUUUACAUAACUGCAUAUACAUAACGGUGUUCUGGAAUAAUUUAAUCACACUGUGUUCCACUCACAGCUCAGUUGCAUGUCAGUCAUAAGUAAUCCAUAACCAUAACGUCCUCUCCACAGAAAACUGUCUGAUUACAAUUAGUAAUAAGAUUAGCGUAUGCUACAUAAGAUAAGCACAUGCUGUGUAAGAAUGAUGUGUGUGUGAUAUGUUUUGUGGUUUAACUGAGUGUUGAUGUGAGCUAAUGAAAGUGUUUACCUCGCUUAUUCUAUGCACCUGAACUACUGAAACUGUAUGUAAAGCACUUUAACGAGUAUUCCCGCUGACUGCUUCAGAAACCAAGCACAAACAAAGCGACUUCUUCCAAAGUCUUUGGAGUUUUGAAAAAUGAUGCAACCAGAAUAGCACCGUAAUGAAUGAUGUGUAUGAUUUGUAAAUAUGUUUUUAUGCUUUUUGAAUCUUACCUUCUUUUAGAUGAUAUGAACCAAAGAUGCUUCUGAAUUCACAAUUUUAAUCUGCUGUGAUCCUGUUAAUGCUCAGGUUUUUAUUUGCCGAUUGUAACAAACGAUUUUCUGAAGUUUGAUUUAAAUUUAAAAUACUCACUUUGUUGCAGAUGAAACUGUUCAGCAUUCAAUAAAACAGU